UGGGGUGGGGAGUGGUAGUGUAGCAGUUAGCGUGCUGUACCAUGAACCCGGCGACCCGAGUUCGAUUUCCGCUCACGGCCAACAUCAGUGGCCAUUAUCUGGACCGGUCCUGGGCCUCCCCUAGGUCGACUUAGCCCCAAAUGACUACCUGGUGCGGUGUUUAAACAUUGCCUCUGGGAGACAAAGGCGGUCGGGCGUGGUGCUGGCCACCCACCCCCCUCGUGUGCCGUGCCGGCCUUCGUAGGUGCUCGCUAACAGCACUUGCCUCAAUAGUCUGUUAAAGUUAUACGGGGGAUUUUUGUCUUCGGUGUGUGUGAGUGGUGGGUUGUUGUGUACGUGCGUUUUGGUGCGCGUGUCGGGAGGGGUGUAAUCACAACUUUUGGCGAUGAAUCACGCAUCGUCAUCAUCCUCAUCGUCCUCAUCAUCAACAGCGAAGACCAACACGACCGCGGAGCUGGACGAGUUAAGGCUCCUGGCGGAGGUGAGCGUCGUGCGGGGGGGGGAGGCGCGGUGGAACCCGGGGGUGACCUCCGCGGCGGACCCCGUCUCGCGCCCCGUGGUCCCGCUCUGGGUGACCCCGCACGCCCGAGGGAUUCGCGUCACCGCCCGCGCCCACUCGGGCCGCCACGUGCUGGACUCGCACCUGGACGCGGCAGAGUGUGGACGAGUGGAGAGGAGGGGUGGGAGCUGCGUGGAGUGGGUGGGGGAGCGGGGGGAAGGGUGGAGACUGCGAUUCCUCACCGAGACCGACGCAGACAGACUGCUGGGCUUCCUCGAGGUCGCCAUGGGGAACACAGGGAGCCGCUACGACCAGCACUACCACAACAACAACAACCACAACAACAACAACCACGACAAUGGCAGCGCCAGCGGAAGCAGCGGCGGCGGCGCUGGCGGUGGCGGCGCCAGCAAGGGCCGCGCUGCCGGGCACCGGCUCCGGGCCUCGGGCCGGGCGGGCGAUGCGCGGGGCCACUCGCGGCAUCACCCGCAGCACCAGCGCACAACGGCGGCCGCCGCCGCCACCGGCCCCGCUCACGCGCCACCCUGGGCCACGUGGAGCCCGCAGAGCGCCGGUCACCCGGCCGCGAUCUCGAGCGGCGGCGGAUACUGGACGCUGGGGCGCUGGCGCCGGAGCGGCAGGCAGAAGCCGGCGCCGUGGGGCGCGGGGGGGGCCGCGGCGGGGGGCUGCCCGGUGCCGGCGGGAGGGACGCCCGACGUGGAGAUGGAGGAGGAGCCCGACGGCUCGCACGUCGUCAUCAAGGCCGCGUCGCUGGCGCGCGGCGUCUCGGUCGAGUUCCGCAAGCGCUGCCGCCAGGAGUCGGUGGACACGACGGCGUCGCAGCCCUCGCGCGGCGCCGCCGGCGGGGCGCCGCCGAGCCACGCCGCCAAGUCGCUGCGCGUCGACCGCGACGAGGAGGGCCGUCCGCCCUCGCCAGAGGACAUGACCUUCGAGCCGGCGUGGGGUCGCGAGGUCGCGGCCGCGGCGGAGGACGGGCGGGAAGCCGAACGGCGCUCGCCGCCGACGCCGGAGCCGGGUUUGCCGGGAGGCCGCGGCGAGCCCCCCGGGAUCCCGGGAGGUCCCCGCGCCGGCUGGUCCCAGACGCUGCCAUGCCGCAAGCUCAGGAAGUCGGCGACGCGCCCCACGCCAGCGGCAGACGAGGAGGAGGAGCUGACGCGGCCGUGGGCGGCCAGGGAGACGCAACGCCCUGCGUUCCUGUCGGGCAGCCUGCCGAGGAGGAGGCUCGGGCCCUGCCAGGCAAUGGCGCAGGGCAGGGCCAGGCAGGAGGGCAGCGACAGCGGCAUCGACCUGCCCUCGCACCGCUCCAGCCUGGAGGCCCCCUGGGGGGGGCGGGCGGCGCCGGGCGGCGCGGGAGAGGCGGGGGCGGUGGCGGGGGGGGCCCGUGCGGAGGGGCUGGGCCACGCGGGGCCCCCCGUGGACAGCGACAGCAGCGGCGGGAGCAGCAGCAGCGGCGGUGGCGGCGACGGCGGCGGCAGCUACCGCUGCGGUUCGAGGUGCGGCCGGAGCAAGCGAGACGAGGGGUCCUCUCCCGGGGCCCCGCGAGAUGGGGGUCCCCGCCUGGACCCCUCGUGGAUCGGCCCGGAACCCCACGGGGGCUCAAUGGGGGACUGCGCGGAGCUGGACGGGGGCGACGACUCCUCCUCGCUCUCCCUCGCCAGCGACGGGGCGGCCGGCACGGCCCGUGAGGCCACCGCGGUGCGCCGCACCGGCUGGCUGUGGGCCAAGCGCUGGCUGGUGCGCGGCAAGGCGCAGCGCGUGCAGCUCAGUCCCCGCAGGAAGUGGCGCCGGUGCUGGGCGGCGCUCAGGGGCUGCACGCUGCUGCUCUACGAUUCAGUCGGGGGGGGUGCCACCACCUCCCCUGGCGAGGGGGGUCCCUGCGAGGUGGGGGGGGCGUGCGAGGCGGGCCCCCCGGGAGGGGACGAGGUGCAGGAGGCCGUGUCGGCCCUGGGGGCCCUGGUGCAGGCCGUGCCCGAGCACCCGCGGCGCGAGCACGUCUUCUGCCUCAGCAACAGCCGGGGGGAGGCCUUCCUGCUCCAGGCCGGCAGUCAAUCGGAGCUGGAGAACUGGGCGACGGCCGUGCACUCGGCCUGCGCGGCCCGCGAGGUGCGCGGGUGGUGGGGGGGCGGCACGGCGGCCGUCGGGGAGGAGAGCCGGUGCGGCCGGCCCCGCCGGGGGCCCGGGGGGCCGGGGGGCGGCGUCGUGCCACAGCUGGAGGCGGCGGUGCGGCGGCUGGCCGAGCGCGCCGACCUGGACGCCAAGAUGCACAAGAUGGCCGAGCUGCAGGCGGCCGCCACCACCGACGCACGCAGCCGGCGCGCCAUCGCCGAGCAGAUCCGCCAGUGGGAGCUGAACGUGGAGAGCGUCCACGUGCGUCUCUUCCGCUACCGCUGCUACGCGGCGAGCCUGCGCGGCGGGGAGCCCCCCAACCCCAAGGGGCUCCUCUCGGUGACCAGCCGGCUCACCAAGGCCGGCCUGGCGCGCCUCGGAGCCUUCACCGCCUCCUCCCUGCACGCCACCGUGUGUGCUCGGGACGACUUCUCGGUGCGCGACCGCUCGCUGUCGCUCCCCCGCGGCGACUCGCGGCGCCGCGGCCUCAUCUCGGCCCUGCUGGGCCCCGAGCGCGUCCGACUCUCCCCCGCCGAGGCCGCGGGAGGGAGUGCGUCCGCGGACGUGGGAGCUGCCGCCCCUGUCCCCGACAGCGGCUUCGCCCUUCUUGGAGAUCCUCAGCGAGCCGGGUUUCCUGAUGGAGGACAUGAGGGCGUGGAGGAGGUGGAGGCGGUGGAGGAGGUGGAGCUUGUUCCAGAGGCCCAGGCAAUGACGAAGCCACAGGACGACGUGGGGCCCCCACCUCCGGCGCUGGACGCUUGUGACCUCGGAUCGCCCGACGGCGACUCUGACCCUGACCCCAACCGGGGUCACGACCUGCCCCUGCCCCGACAGCUUUCGGAGACCGAGAAAUUACGCAAGGUCAUCGUGGAGCUGCUGGAGACGGAGCGCACGUACGGACGGGACCUGAAGCUGCUGAUGGAUCAGUACCUGGAGCCGCUCCAGACGCAGCCUUUCCUCACUCCCGAGGAGCUGAGCUCCCUCUUUGGCCGUCUGCGUGAGAUGGAGUCGUUCCAGCGAGUGUUCGUGCGUGCGCUGGAGGAGGGGGCGGCGUUGGGCGGGCUGGCGAGCGACGCUGCUGCUGCUGACCACCCCGCUCCUCACGAGCCUCGCUGCCCGGUUCGACUCCGGCGAGCGCUCUUCUCCCUGGGGGGGACGUUCCUCUACUACGCGGAGCACUUCAAGCUCUACAGCGCCUUCUGCGCCAGCCACUCGCGGGCGCAGCGCAUCCUCGCCAAGGCGCGCACGGAGGCGGCGUUCUGCGCGUUCCUGGAGGAGCGCAACCCGGGGCGCCAGCACGCCUCCUCGCUCGAGUCUCUGCUCAUCAAGCCGGUGCAGCGCGUGCUCAAGUACCCGCUGCUGCUGCGCCAGCUCGCUGCUCUCGCCGCCCCCCACUCGCACGAGCGCCACCACCUCACCGAGGCGAUGCGCGCCAUGAACGGCGUCGCGCGCCACAUCAACGAGAUGCAGAAGCUGUACGACGAGUUCGGAGCCGCGUUCGACGGCCUCCUCGCCCAGCAGCCCGGCCCCUGCCGAGAGGUGAGCGAGCUGUCCAUGGCGGAACUCAUCGGCCACGACUCGGUCACCUGGCUCAACCCCCCUGCUCACCUCGGGCGACACUGGAGGGAGCCUCAACUCACCCUGCUCGUGUUCCGCCCGGCACUCGUCCUCCUCUGCAAGGAUCAGACGAAGCCUCGCAAGAAGGGCGGCCCCCCCCGGAGUCCGCGCUGCACGGGCCCCGAGGACGCGCUCCGCUUCGCCCACAUGGUCCCCGCGACGGCGCUGCAGCUGCGGGCGGGCAGCACCACGCAGGACGAUGGCAUCAGCUGCAUCUGGGAGGUGAUCCACGUGCGCUCCGAGACGGAGGGCCGCCCCGAGGCAGCGUUCCAUGUGUGCAGUCCCUCUCUGGAGCGGAAGCUGCGCGUCGUGCGGAUGGUUGAGCAGCUUCUCAAGGCCGGGGCCCGGGGGGCACACGGGUCGCGCUGGGGGGGUCACGGCACCCCCCACGGGUGUCACGGGGAGUACGUCCCCUACGGGGGUCAACGCCUCGCAGCGCUGAGGGGGGGCCGGGCGGCGCUGCACAAGCAGGAGUCAUCGUGGAGCUGCGCAUCGGACCCGGACGCCGGCCACCCCGAGUCACCCCGGGCCGCUCGCCCGUCUCAGCCGGCCGGCGCUUCGGGCUCGGCCCCGGGGACACGGGACAGCGGGGACAUUCCACGCAGAUCCGGGGACACGGACGGGCGCGGCUGGGAGCACCGUCCCACGCGGACGUGGCAACGGGAUUACCCCACGGACAACCCCGGAGAAAAUACGUCCAGAGACGGAGGAGACAGAGGAGGAGGAGGUGGAGUACGAGAGGGAGGAGGAGGUGGAGUACGAGAGGGAGGAGGAGGAGGAGGUGGAGUAGGCGACAGGCGACUGUCACCCGGCGACGAGCGACAGUCGCCGACGCGGUGUCGGGGCGGCCAUGACGGUGCCGCCCCUGCCAGCCCGGCGCUGGACUCUUCCAGCUUCAUGCGUGAGCUGGAGCGGCGCCUGCAGAGCACCUUCCUGUGCGACGGCGCUCCGCCGCCGCCAUCUGAUACCGGGGCGCGGUGUGCCACGGGGGGUCACGCGGGGGGAGCGGGGGGCCACAGGCCGCUAGCUCGGGCUCUCACGGGAGACUUCACCUCCGAGCUGGCACGGGACUUCAGCGACCAGAGCCUGAGUUCGGUGACGAGUGAGGAGCGGUUCUUCGGGGUGCUGGACGUGAGUCUGUAAUGACGACGCCGGCGCUCUCCGUGUCCUGCGGGUGCCCAUGUUCUUGAUAAGGACGCACGCACAUGCGCGUGCGUACGUGGACUGUAUGUACGCGCGCGCGCGUGUGUGCGCGUACGCCCGUCGCGUUGUUUUAUUUCCAUUUUGUUUUCAACAAUGGAAACUUGGGACUGAACCAGGAGACUCGGGGUCGCCGCGUCCGGCCGAGACGAGUGGACCUCGAGAAGCACCGAGUCGCGAUCAUGACAGCGUUGUUUGUUUUCGGCGAACGUCCGCGUCCUCCGUGAGCUGUCGGGCUCGUGGUGUCACGAGACGUAGCAUCCUUGAGGAACUCGCACAGGAAGCAGUCCCAUCGCCUCGUGUCCUGCAGAAGCGAAGGUCUUCAAGAAGAGAACAUCGCAGAACAACUUCCGAGCUCCCUCCAAGUGACCUUUUUCAUCCACACGUUCGGGGCGCUGCAUGCCCUCCCCCCCCCCCCCCCCCCCACAACUCGAGAAAAGUUUGCCGCGUGGCAGUGAAACCGAGAUUAUUUACGCGGUGUAUAUUUUUGUAUGCAGGGUCUCUGAUGGGGUCCCCCUCCCCUUUUGUUGGGGCCCUUGUUCGGGGGGGAGGGGGGGUGUGGAGGUGUUUCAUCCCCCUCACUGGGGUCUCCCCGAAGCAGCCUCACCGCUCCUGGCACGGUGCGCGGCGGUUCACGAUGGGCGGUGGUGCCGCCGUUCGGGUUCGUGAUCGAGCCGGCCGCUCGGAGGGUGGCGGUGCCGGCCUCGUCCGUUUCAGGGUUUAUGGCAGGGCCGAUCGGAGGAGGGGCGCCAAAAAAGUGAAAAUUUGCCCCCGAGCUAAUGGAUAAUUGGGCCUCACGGGGCAUACAACAGGAACCUCCGUGUGGCCCUGGUUCAGGGUAAAGCACUACAGUGGCAAGACUCGCAUUUAAUGCCUGUGCAUGUUUUUUAUGACUGUAAUUUUUUCCACGUGCAGCGUUUGUACGAGAUUGUAGCCCCUUUAGCCUGAGAAGAUAAAUCGGUUGAGCCACACCGAUGUGACCAAAACUUAUAGAAACGAUUAAAAGUUUUCGCCCCGUUUUGAGUAGAACGCUUCAAGCGAGCCGCCAACACAGCACCUGUGAUUUCAUAAACCUACGUGUCGAUUUCGUUUGGCCAGGACGGUUUACUGUAGUUAGACCAGGGUGCACUAAACCGGCUGACAUUCCCUUUCGGGAAGAGGACUUACAAUUUUUCGGUAGCAGUUUUUACUCAACUUCAGCUCGUAUUGGUUUUUCGUUAUUUAAAUUCUUGAGCCAGCUCUCCUACUUUGUUUAAGCCUAGUGUCACCAAAAAUGUACCGGACUGCGUCGAGCCUCGGGCUGGGUUUGCCAAGACAGUGUGGGCCCAACUUUGCCCCGGUUAUUUAUUGUUCUGAAAGUCGUCUCUAGUUUUCUAUGCGCGGAGCGGCUCGAGAUUACGGCUGCGUCAACACUGUCAAGGCUGCUGCUGUUUUUGUAAUAAACUCCUUUUUGUAUGUGUAACCAGUGUGGUUAUGUUUGCGAGAGCCACGUGACCACCUGUGUAAGACAUUCCCCAAGGGAUCCUGAAGAGGGGAGGCCCGUAUUGAGGACCAAUCGUGACGCCAGCAUGUCGACAUUACAGGUCCGUUGGCGUGCCUGUUGUGCUGGGAGCCGUACAAAUGAAAACAGAUGCCGAUUUUUGG